GCAAUUUAGCGUCCAGGAACCUAUAUAUUUCAAGCUCUUAUGUACGCAGAGCAGGACCCUUUUGACUUGCUAAUACCGUAAUAUGUCCUGGCGCACCUGUGCCAAACUCUGACAUUGCAGUGUUGGAACUCGAAGAGGGUGGACAGGGGACCUGGGGAGCAAAGCGGAGGGAAGCAAAAGGACAGGAGACCAGAGUUGCUGCAACAAGGGGCGUUUAGCGCACAGCUUAGGAGGCGUCUAAGGGCUACCCGCAGACCAUCUGAGGCUUGUCAGGCCGUGUAUGCAGAAAGAAAACGGGUGGUGCAGGUGGGCUAGUGUCUGCAAAUUGAUUGCAGAGUUGGGGUGCUCUUGCGGCCUUUCGUAGGGUUAUUUUUUGGCCUACAAGCAUUGUGCAUUGGGCCGUUUACGGGUUUGCAAGAGCGUAAAAACUGAGGGGACGAUUGCCAAGUGAUUGAGAUCUGCAGGGAAACCCUGCAGACGGUGCUGCACUAUCACACUCGUUGCACGACAACUUUAAGCUGGCUUUGUGAGCUUGAAGAGUUUGUGAGGCUGGUGCUAUUUCUGCACUUCAAAGCAGCGGUGAUUAAUCAGGCCCGCCAUCAUGAAGUUGGUUAGAUUUCUUAUGAAGUUGCACAAUGAAACGGUCAAUAUAGAGCUGAAGAAUGGGACUGUGGUAACCGGGACGAUCACAGGGGUAGACAUCAGCAUGAAUACGCAUUUAAAAACGGUAAAACUGACCCUGAAAAACAAGAACCCAGUUACGCUGGAGCAUCUGAGCAUUCGGGGCAACAGCAUCCGAUACUACAUUCUGCCGGACAGCCUGAAUCUGGACACGCUCCUAGUCGAGGAUGCCCCACGGACCAGGGCGAAAAAGCCCACCGCGGGGGGCCCGAUGGGGCGUGGCAGGGGCCGUGGUCGGGGACGUGGAAGAGGCCGGGGGCGAGGAGGACGAUGAUAGCUCUGCGUUUUGUGCUUGGCGAGCGGCUCAGCGCCGUCAGCCGCAGUGUUCUUUCUUGUAUUUGACUUAUGACGGAAACACCGGAAGGUUUUGAGCGGUCUUGAUUCUUUGCCGCAUGUUGUUGCUCAUCUGCACUUUUGUCUCAUCUCUUGGUGCUUGGGUUCGUUCUUUCCCCUUGUAGAGGGCUACUGGUGUAGAAUUUCAGGACAUGCAUUUGUGUGUGUCAAAGUAGCGUACAUGCCUAGAAUUGUGCUAGUGCAUGGCUGAGAUGCGGCAUGGACUUCUUGCUUUCCUAUCGUUUAACCACAACCCGUCUAUGAUGCAA